ACUUUCUUUGAAGAACCGGGCACCAUCGAGUAACAAUGGAGACUGGUUGGAAAAUGCUUCGAGAAUUCGCAGGCCGAACAGGAGGCGCGGCCAAAGACUACUGUACUUCAAUCAAAACUCAAUUGAACCGCGAUCCUGCUCACCAGGAAGACCUGCGCCGUGCCAGAGAAAGAGGCGAAGCGAAUGGCCGUGCCCAAGCCCAAAAAGAAGAAGAACAUGCCAAGAAGGCCAGAGCCAAAGCUCUUGCUGAAGCUAAAGCCAAAGAACUAGCCGAAGCUGAAGUCGAAGCCCAAAAGCAAGCCCUAGCUGCUGCCCGAGCUAAGGUUGCAGCUGAAGUCGAAGCCCAAAAGCAAGCCCUAGCUGCCGCCCGAGCUAAGGUUGCAGCUGAAGUCGAAGCCAGAAACAAAGCCAAAGCUGCAAAAAGAGCUAAACCUGCUGCUGGGGCCGAAGUUUUUCGCGAACUCCGGGAGGCUGGUAUUAAAGCCAAGAAAGAGUUUAUAUGGAAAUGAGUUGGAGAGCUUUGGCGAAGGGCAAACAUGUCACGGAUAUCAUGACCGUUAGGGUCGAGCCUAUUUGGAGAAUUUGAAUGUUUUACUGUCUAGAUUUCUAAGAUAUGCUUUAUUUUAAUUUCAAAUGAUGUUCUUAAGUUUUGUUAUGGAGUCAAAUAACAUAUUUUAGUUGUUUAAAUUGAAUUUAUGAAACUUUGGAGUUUCUUUUCUUUUUAAAACGUCAGGUUGUUAUUUACAUUGGUUUCUUUAUAAAUAAAGGAGGUUUUCCUUAAAAAUUA